CAAUCAGUGUCCGGGGGCUCGGAAAAUUUCCCGUAUAUACUUUUCCACUCUGCAUCCGGCACCCGAGAAGAACCGAAAGAUCCAAGCUCGAAACUCUCUCCCUUUCGCUCUUCGUCUCUCCCGGCGUGUUGUUUGAGCUCACAUCGUCCGCGAAUCGGAGAUAUGGCAAGGAAGUUCUUCGUCGGCGGCAACUGGAAAUGCAAUGGAACAACGGAGGAGGUCAAGAAAAUUGUUGCCACGCUUAAUGACGCGCAAGUGCCACCACAAGACGUCGUGGAGGUUGUUGUGAGCCCUCCUUUCAUCUUUCUUCCACUGGUGAAAAGUACGUUGAGGCCUGACUUCCAAGUUGCUGCACAGAACUGCUGGGUGAAAAAGGGAGGUGCUUUCACGGGUGAGGUUAGUGCGGAAAUGCUUGUCAAUUUGAGCAUUCCUUGGGUCAUUCUUGGCCACUCUGAAAGAAGACAACUUUUGGGUGAAUCCAACGAGUUUGUGGGAGAAAAGACUGCAUAUGCACUGUCUCAAGGCUUGAAGGUUAUAGCUUGUGUGGGGGAGACCCUGGAGCAGCGAGAAGCCGGAGCUACUUUGGAAGUAGUUGCUGCCCAAACUAAAGCAAUAGCUGAGCGUGUUUCAAAUUGGGCUGAUGUUGUAAUUGCUUAUGAGCCUGUGUGGGCUAUUGGAACUGGAAAGGUUGCAACUCCAGCUCAGGCUCAGGAGGUUCAUUGUGAACUAAGGAAAUGGCUACAUGCAAACACUAGUCCUGAAGUUGCAGCAACAACCCGUAUUAUCUAUGGAGGUUCUGUUAAUGGUGGGAACUGCAAGGUGUUGGCAGGUCAGCCAGAUGUCGAUGGAUUUUUGGUUGGUGGUGCUUCACUCAAGCCGGAAUUCAUUGAUAUCAUCAAGUCUGCAGAGGUGAAGAAGAGUGCCUGAGCUCUGAAGUUUUCUUCUGGUGUGGCAGUGAAUUCCUCUUGACAUGUGAAAAGAGUCUUUUGAGGUCAUAAGCUUCCAUAGAUUUUGGUUAGUGCCAUGACGGAUAUCGUUACUUUAAGUAAUAAUCAUGACUCGACAUUUCUGUAAUGCCUCUGGAUGCUAAAUUUUGCUUGACCAACUUGAAUGCAUACUUAUAUGCACGGUGAACCUUCAUCGACUCGUGAUUUUUCUUAGUAUAGUUAAAUCACGAAUGGAAUGCCCUGAGACAACGGGGAUCUGGCAAUAAAAUUUCCCGCACUUCAUUGGUUUCA